AAAUGGCCUAUUCAGAGUUUGGGUUUUGAGUUGACAGGCACAUGAGAAUACAGACGUAGGUGUCUUGGACUGCAAAAAUGGCUGGUGUUAGGUUAUUGUUAGGUGUGGCGCGUGUGUCAUGCGCUAAAGCAGUUGUUCUAGAAGCUCAUCUCAGGCAAGCAAUUGGAUUCUACUCUUUUGUUCAGGGGUCCACGUCUACCUGCAAAGCAUUGCCCCAUUUCGGAUGCGGAAUGUUCUAUGACAGCCACCCAAUUCAAUUUUUUUUCAAAGAUAUGUUCAUCGUUAUGAUUGUCGUUGUUAUUACGGUUGUUUACCAGUUUAUCCUAUAGGAUUUAAAUGGCCGUAUUGAAAUGAGAAACGUGACGCGCAGAGCUUCUGCUUAGCUCGGGGUUUAUUUUGCGCAUUUGCAAAAUUUUCAAAUCAUUGUGUUUUAAGGGUUCUGAAAAUGCUGAGAAGUUUCAGUCUGGGAUGGUUGCUGAAUUGCUUUAUAAGAUUUUGGGUUUAGAGGGUUUUGAAAGAUUUUAGUUUGCUAGUCUGGGAUGGCUGCCGAAGCGCAUUAAAGCCCUUAAGUGAUUUAGGGUUUAGAGGAUUGUGAAAGGUUUUAUUUUGUUGGUUAAAAACUUAAAAGUAAUGGUUGCAUAUAAUUGCCGCGACGCAGACUUCAGGGCUUUUUGGUGAGGAUUUUGAGAAUUUUUAGCUCGUUAAUUAGAAAGAAAUGGCUGUUUUUUUUUGCAAAUAAUCGUUUGCGUUGAAACGUUUCGCAUUUCUAGUGUUUGGAGGCGUUUUAGGGUUUUAAGCCGUUGAGGAAUUUGAGUCUGCUGGCUAAAGAAAUGGCUGCUUAUUCGGUGUUUUCCUCCGCUAGAAGUGAACCCUGCGGGUUAUUUGCCCUGCAACCCCAUAUUAGGGUAAGGACGGGGGAAAUUUUCAAGUGUAGCUCUGCUCUGCGGUUAGGGUUAAAUUUCAGGGCUAUAAAAAGUUGCGGCAGAUGGAUGGCGCAGGCUGCCACUUGUGAACGGGCUAAGGACAAGCGGUUUUUGCAGAAUUGUACCCUAUACGACUUUUUAGGGCUUCCCCAGGAUGCCACUCAGAAGAAUAUCAAAGAGGCAUAUAGAAAAUCAGCAAAGAUAUGGCACCCGGAUAUUGCCAUGAAGAGCGAAUCGAACGAUCACACCCAGGAAUUUCUCAAGAUUCGUGAUGCCUAUGUUGUCUUGUCUGAUCCGGUGGCCAGGGAGCGCUACGAUGAACAGUUAAAGCUGCAUUCACCGCAAAGGAGGAUGACGCAUGACAAAUUUCCUGGAAUUGUGUCCUUUGAUCACUCUAACGGCAAUCCUUGUUACUUUUCCUCUUCCUGGAGGAGCAAUUGGGAGACUGACCAGUGUUGGUGAUGGACAAGAAUGAGAAUUAAGGGUUGCUUCAUUUGGCUACACAUUGAAAACUUGGUAGAAUUCACAGGUGUUCUCAAAUUCAAAUCUGGCUCUGAGUUAUAAUCAUCGUGGUGCUUAUAUUCACUUUACAUUCAGAUUGAGUUACUUAUUGGAGGCUUCCUCUGAUCUUUGCUGUCAAACUCACAGUUAUUUGGUUCUGAAGCCAAAUAACAACCAUUCAUUUGCAUUGUUAUUGGCAUCCUGUUAAUAUAAUAAAACUCUCCCUCUAACUAUUA